UGUGGCAGUACAACAAGCGCUUGAUCUUCGAUCACCUUCUACCACAGAUGGCGCAUGUCUCCUUUUUUGGCAGUUGUUGCCGCUUGUCCUUGCGCCAGCAGACCAAUUCGAGCACCUUUGGCAGUCGCUUUGGCCCGUCGGUGCACCCCACGAGUGGCAUCCAGACCUUAAGACCUGACGACAGCACCGGCGCACAUACCGUCUUGCCUAGGCCGGCACCCAUCACAGAGUUGACUGCCGAACAACUCGAAUAUGGACUGGCAGUCUUAUCACAACAUCUUAGGAGGUUGCACCCCAAGGAACUCAAGCAAGGUCCCUUCGAACUCGUCGUGUCCGGGGGCGCAUGCGCCGUCCUUCUCCUUUGUAGUCGUACCACCGCAAAGGCAAUCGACGCAUACACCACUAAUCACCACCAAUUCCGUCAAAUACGAGCAGCAAAGGAUGCCGCCUGCCAACAUGAGCUGCAGCACUACCCGUAUGACUGGCUCAACUGGGAAAUGCUCGCCAACGUCUUCACCCACCGCGAAUGCGACUCUCUUUUCGCCAACUCGAUCAGGAUGAACGAGGUGCUUUACGAGUCUAAGGAACUGAUAUUGUAUGCAGCGGACUGGACUUUCCAACUGGCAACAAAGAUAGGUCAGAUCUCGUACAUGAGGAUGGCAGGCUUGAACAACGCAGUGGAUGCCCAACGUCUUGGGAGGUACAUUCAGGAUGCCGCCCAUUCGUUGCGAGUUAUUGUUGAGCGUAACGAGGGGCCAGUGAAGUGCAAUCAGUGGAAAACCUGGUACCACCAAGGUGCUCUCCUGCGAAAGGAGGACCUCAGGCUUGUUGAGAAACGAUAUCAGGAAAUAUAUGGUAGCAGUCCUGGGCUUUUCCUGAAUUGAA